AUGUCAUCGGGGAGAGAACGUUCUGAUGAACUCCCGGACGUGGAGAAGAUCUCAGACUCUCGUGAGAAUUCAACAUUGCUUUUGUCAGAAGAACAAGCAUUAGCGAAAGCACGGAGCAAACCCAACGACGCCCUACCAAUUCUCAUCACAUACGGCCUCAAUGACCCUGAUAACCCCCGCAACUGGCCUAAAUGGCGCAAGUGGUAUAUCACAAUUGUUGUGAGCAUGUUGAAUGUUUUUACAACAUGGUGUGCAGGAGGUAUCUCGUCGGGAGCAACUGGAAUUCAAGAUGAGUUCGGCGUCUCAGCUGAGAUUACGACAUUGGCCUUGUCACUAUAUGUUCUGGGGUAUGCCAUCGGUCCUGUCCUUCUCGCCCCGCUGUCAGAAUACUUUGGACGCCAACCGGUUUAUGUCGUCUCGUGGUUUUGUUUGUUCAUUUUUCAACUUCCUCUCGCGUUAGCCCCGAACAUUGGUACAAUUCUAGUGUGCCGGUUCAUUGCUGGCUGUGCCGGAGGUGCGCCGCUCACAAACACCGGUGGUAGCAUCAGCGACUUGUGGGAGCGAAACGAAAGUGGAGGCCCCAUGGCCAUCUACGGACUGAGCAGUACAUUUGGUCCACCUAUGGCGUUGGUGAUAACUGGAUAUAUCGGGUUGAAUCUCGGUUGGAGGUGGAUUUUCUGGGUUCUCAUGGCUAUGACUGGUGGUGUUUGGGUUGUGUUGGUCACCACCAUCCCCGAGACUCGCCACACGACUGUUCUUCAAAACAAGACCAAGCGCGCUCGCAAGCAAAUGAAGAAAGAGAAUCUCCAGUCCGCUGAAUCUACCACCGAUAUGCACGCAAGCAGCAGGAAGGGAUUGCACGAACUAUUUUCCAUCACACUCACUCGUCCCUUCCGCUUCCUUUUUUCCGAGCCUAUCACAUUGUUCUCGGCAAUAUACAACGGCUUCCUCUACGGUCUGGUUUAUCUUUUCAACGAGGCAAUCCCUCUUGUCUUCGGUGAACCCAAAGGACACCCAUUCAAUGGCGGCCAACAGGGACUCGCAUUUCUCGGAAUGGCAAUUGGUCCUCUGAUCGCAUUCUGUUUCUACCCCCUUCAGGAACGGUACUAUCUGCGCCGCGUUGCCGAAAAUGGUGGCAAAGGUGUCCCCGAAGCCCGCAUGUGGAUGGCUCGUGGAGGAGCGAUGCUUAUUCCGAUUAGUUUGUUCUGGUUUGGGUGGACAAGUUACCGAUCGGUUCAUUGGGUUGUGCCAAUAAUCGCAUCAUCUUUCUUCGGCGCUGGUAUCUACAUUGUGAUUCUGAGCAUUUUGAAUUACGUUGUCGAUAGCUAUCAGACCUACUCGGCUUCGGCGUUAGCAGGUGUCAUUCUUGUGCGCAAUGUCGUCGGAGCUGGGUUUCCAUUGUUCGCCACCCAAAUGUAUGAGAAGCUUGACUAUGAAUGGGCUUCUAGUCUUCUGGGAUUCAUCUCCAUUCUCCUCGUGCCAAUCCCUUUUAUUUUCUUCUACAAGGGCAAGGCCAUUCGCCUACGAAGUCCAUGGGCAAGGGAACACUUUGAUCAAAAUGAGGACACCCCUCACUAA